AUGGCCUCCAUGACCUUCUCCCCCCUCGCGCUCUCCUCCCGCGUCGCGCCCCGCGUCGCGGGCCGCGCCGCCGCGAAGGCGUCCAAGGCGUCCUUCCGCGUGAAGGCGUCCAUGGACGAAUCCAUGCCCGCGGAAGCGCAGGCGGUCGCCGCGCCCGCGCCGGUCUCCAAGUUCGAGGCGUUCAAGAACACCAUGUCCUUCGGCGCGUGGGCGCCGGAGACGAUCAACGGCCGCGUCGCGCAGAUCGCCUUCGUCGCCGGCCUCGGCGCGGAGCUCUCCACCGGGGAGUCGUUCACGUCCCAGUUCGCGGCGCACACCGGCGCGAUCGCCUUCGCCUCCGGCCUCAUCACCCUCGCGUCCUUCAUGCCCAGCAUGCAGAACGCGGACGGCUACAAGGCUGACCCCGCGACGCUCAAGCCGGGCAAGCCCUGGACGAUCGACGCGGAGAAGGCGAACGGCCGCGGCGCGAUGAUCGGCCUCGUCUCCAUGCUCGUCCUCGAGAAGGUGAUCGGCGGCCCGAUCACCGGCCUCUUCGGCGGCGCGUCCGAUUCCUUCGGCAACGCGGACCAGUUCUACGACGACUCCUUCAAGGCCCAGGUCGAGGUUCCGGUCGCGAUGCCCGCGGCGUCCUCCUUCGCGGACUUCGACGCCCCGGUCGCGGCGGCGGCCCCCGCGGUCGUCGUCGAGGACGCCGCCGCCGUCGACGCGGUUGUCGCGUACGAGGCGGCUGUCGUCGCCGAGCCGGUGCGCGUCGAGGGCGCGGUGGUCGAGGAGGUCGAGGCCGCGGCGAUGGAGCUCGGGCGCGAGGUGUCCGCGGCGCAGGACGCCGCCGCGGACGCGGUCGCCGUGGAGAUGUAA